AUGCCAGGGCGGAAGGGCUUGUUGGCGCCACAGAACAACUUCCUGGACACGAUCGCCACACGAUUUGAUGGAACACACAGCAACUUCGUUUUGGGAAAUUCGCAGGCCCAAGGCCACCCUAUCGUCUACUGUUCCGAUGGCUUUUGUGAGUUGACAGGGUACGCUAGGGCACAAGUUAUGUCCAAAAACUGUAUAUGCAAAUUUCUCUUUGGUCCGCUGACGUCCGCCGAAGAAAUAAAAAAACUUGAAACAUCCGUCGAGACCAAAUCGGAAUUGAAAUCAGAGCUUCAACUCUAUCGCAAAAAUGGAACAAUGUUCUGGUGCCUUCUGGACAUGGUGCCGAUAAAGAACGAGAAGGGGGAGGUGGUCCUCUUCCUUGUCUCCCACAAAGACAUAACCUUCAGUAGGAAGCAUAAUGCCAAAACAUCUCGUUAUGGCUUCAGGAAGGGCUCGCACAAGGGUGAUGAUGGCACCGGGAACAAGUAUCAGCGGAGGAGGAGUAGGGCCGUUCUCUAUCAACUUUCCGGAACUUUUAGCAGACAGACCAGUGCUAAAAGUAAACUUCAAUUGAAUAAAAUAAAAACUUUCAGCGGCACGAACGACAUUCCCGAGUACAAAGUUCAGGAGAUCAAAAGGUCAAGGUUCAUCCUCCUACACUACAGCUUCACCAGAAUUUGUUGGGACUGGUUGAUCCUGUUGUGCACUUUCUACAUAGCCAUCAUGGUGCCUUACAACGCAGCAUUCAUCGCCACAUCGGAAGGAAACAACCAGAGGAUCACUCUCUAUUUUGAUGUCUUCGUCGAAAUGCUUUUCAUCAUUGACAUCAUCUUCAACUUCCAGACGACGUAUGUUAACAAGAGUGGCCAAGUCAUCUACCAACCAAAACUCAUCGCAUUCAACUACCUGCGUGGCUGGUUCGUCCUUGACCUGCUGGCCGCCAUUCCGUUUGAUCUCCUCUACGCUUUUCAAGUCGACACGGGAACAUUGAUACACCUUCUGAAAGGAGCUCGUCUGUUGCGGUUGGCUCGUCUCUUACAGAAACUAGAUCGAUACUCGCAGCACAGUUUCGUCGUCCUCACUCUCCUGAUGGCCAUGUUCACAGUGCUGGCGCAUUGGCUGGCCUGCGUCUGGUACUUUCUGGGCAGAGAGGAGCUGCUGCAACAUCCCGCUAAUUGGACUGUUGGUUGGUUGUACCAGUUAGCCGAGAAACUUGACGAGCCGAUUGUAAACAAGACGAACCUUCCGCCGAUCUCGGUAUCAUACGUCAGCGCCCUCUACUUCACCUGCACCAGCCUCACUAGCGUUGGCUUCGGCAACGUCUCGCCCAACACCACCGCGGAAAAAAUAUUCUCUGUCAUCGCCAUGCUUAUCGGAGCGCUGAUGCAUGCGCUGGUGUUCGGAAAUGUGACGGCCAUCAUCCAGCGAAUGUACGCCCGCCGAGCCAUCUACCAGUCUAAAACCAGGGACCUCAAAGAUUUUUUCCGCGCCCACCACAUUCCCGCCCCACUGAAACAACGCAUGCAGGAGUACUUCCAGACCACCUGGUCACUGAACAGCGGCAUCGACAGGCAGGAGGUAAUGAAAGAUUUUCCGGUCGAGAUGCAGGGUGAUAUUGCCAUGCACAUGCACCGAGAGGUCCUAUCUCUGCCCAUCUUUGAGAAUGCCAGCCAGGGUUGUCUGAAAGCCAUCGCACUGAUGAUUAAGCCGAUGUUUUGUGCCCCUGGCGAAUACAUUAUUCACAAGGGUGACGUCAUGACGUGCAUUUAUUUUGUCAUCAAUGGAUCGAUGGAGAUUUUAAAAGAAUCCAUGGUUGUUGCUAUUCUGGGAAAAGGUGAUUUAUUUGGAACCGACGUUGGAUACACAGACCCGAUCGUGAAGUCGAACUGCGAGGUGAAGUCGCUAACGUAUUGCGACCUGCUCUGCAUUCCCCUUGACGGCUUGCACUCAAUUCUAGCAAUGUACCCAGAAAUGGCCGAAAAGUUCGAGACUGACCUAGUUCACGACCUGACCUACAUUCUUCGGGAAGGUUAC